CAUCGAGGGCCAGCCCUUCCAAGAGCGACUCUUUUCCGAGGCGCAACGGAGCAUGAGGACCUUAUGGAGGCGAUUUGGAUUCUCAGUACUUUUCAAAGCGGAAAGCUGUAGAAUAUCUGAAUCAGAACCAUUAAUUCCACUCGCUGGGACAUCACAGAUACAGAGGCUCAGCAGAGCACCUUGUAUUUCCUUGUUGGAUCAAAGGAGAAGAUUCUCCACCAUGACUGAAAUAGAAACAAACCAGAGAGACUCUGAAUUGUUUUCACCACCCUCUAAUGUUCGAGGAAUGACAAAACUUGAUAGAGCAGCUUUUAAAAAGAUGGUCACCAUCCCAGUACUUAAAGUGAGAAAAGAAAUAGUCAAUCAAUUGAUGCGAUCCCUUAAAAGGGCAGCACUGCAGCGCCCGGGCAUAAAACGUGUGAUUGAAGAUCCAGAAGAUGAAGAAAGUAGACUAGUUCUGUUGGAUCCCCAUAAAAUAUUUACUGAUGAUUCCUUUGAGAGCGCAGAACUCAGUAUUUUAAAGCAGCUUAAUGUCAGUCCACAGAUAUGUAAAUAUAACUUGGAACUCACUUAUGAAAACUUUAAGUCAGAAGAAAUCUUGAGAGCUGUGCUUCCUGAAGGUCAAGAUGUGACUUCAGGAUUUAGCAGAGUUGGACAUAUUGCCCACCUGAACCUUCGAGAUCAUCAACUACCUUUCAAGCAUUUAAUUGGUCAAGUUAUGAUUGAUAAAAAUCCAGGAAUCACCUCAGCAGUAAAUAAAAUCAAUAACAUUGAUAAUACAUACCGAAAUUUCCAAAUGGAAGUACUGUCUGGAGAGGAGAACAUGAUGACCAAGGUUCGAGAAAAUGGCUACACAUAUGAAUUUGAUUUUUCGAAAGUCUAUUGGAAUCCUCGUCUCUCUACAGAACACAGUCGCAUCACAGAACUUCUGAAACCUGGAGAUGUGCUGUUUGAUGUUUUUGCUGGGGUUGGGCCUUUUGCCAUUCCAGUAGCAAAGAAAAAUUGCACUGUAUUUGCUAAUGAUCUCAAUCCUGAAUCUCAUAAAUGGCUAUUGCACAAUUGUAAAUUAAAUAAAGUGGACCAAAAGGUGAAAGUCUUUAACUUGGAUGGGAAAGACUUCCUUCAAGGACCAGUCAGAGAAGAGUUAAUGCAGCAGCUGGGACCACUGUCCAAAGAAAGAAAACACUCUGUGCACAUUGUCAUGAACUUGCCAGCAAAGGCUAUUGAAUUUCUCAGUGUCUUCAAAUUGCUAUUAGAUGGGCCGCCAUGUGGCAUUGAACUCCUUCCCAUAGUGCACUGUUACAGCUUUUCCAAAGACCCUAAUCCUGCUAAAGAUGUUCAGCAGCGAGCUGGGGCUGUGUUAGGCAUUUCCUUGGAGGCAUGCAGUUCAAUUCACCUAGUAAGAAAUGUAGCCCCGAACAAGGAAAUGUUAUGUAUCACCUUUCGGAUUCCUUCUGCUGUGCUCUACAAGGACCAGACCCUAACUCUAGAGAAUCAGGACGACCCACCUCUUAAACGCCAGAAGACAGAGAAAGUCUUUUCAGAAGAAAAAACUCAAAUUGCUUCAGUCACAUAAUUGGAAAUGUUUUCUCCAUCUGCCCACUAGACCUUUAUGUAAUGAAAAAAAGUUUGUAUUAUUUCAUACAAUUUUAGCAUUCAUUUUAGUAUUGACCACUUAUAUUUUACCCUUGCUAAGUUGAUUAUCAAAUUAAAAUUUAAAUGAAGUAAGUCUACUUUAUUUAAGUUAUAAUCAUAAUCUUAUAAUCUAAAUUAUAUCUAAUUUUGCAUUAGAUAAAUAUAUUUAAAAAUUGAUUAUCUCCUGGGAAAAUAGUUAUUGGAGGUGGGAUAAUUGCCUUCUAACUAAGAAAGCACUAUUUUCACUUUGCAGUGAUCCUCAGUUGAAGAGUGUCCCUAAAUUUUAUAAGUACCCCUAAACUGUCACUGUAUAAGUAAUUAAAAAUGAAAUUAUUGGGGGCGCCUGGGUGGCUUAGUCGGUUAAGCGUC